GUUUACUGGAAGCAGAGAGUCCAGGCGGCAGCGGGAAUUGACAGGAGGACUACUCCGCAAGGGAUAGGCCCAGGAGAAAUGGAGUCCAAAGUGGAACAAGGAGUGAAAAAUCUCAACAUGGACAAUGACCAUCAGGAAAAGGAGGAAAAGGAAGAAAAGCCACAGGAUGCUAGCAAAAGGGAGCCGAUUGUGGCCCUGCCUUUCGAAGCUGGAGACUACUAUGUGCCUAGAGGAGGUCGCAGGCGGUUCCGGGUCCGGCAGCCCAUCGUGCACUACAGAUGGGACCUGAUGCAUAGGGUUGGGGAGCCCCAGGGAAGGAUGAGAGAGGAGAACGUACAGAGGUUUGGGGAUGAUGUGAGACAGCUCAUGGAGAAGCUAAGAGAAAGGCAGCUGAGCCACAGCCUGCGGGCGGUUAGCACUGACCCGCCUCAUCAUGACCACCAUGAUGAGUUUUGCCUUAUGCCCUGAGUCCUGAGCUUUUCUCUGAAGAUGACAUGGGGACCCCUGCUUUCAAAACUUACAUGUUUGUGAUGUACUGUUGUAAUAUUUUUGGUGUCACUUGUUCCCCAUGGGGCUCCAACUUCUGCCAGCUUCUAAUUGAAACUUGUGUUUUCGACUCAGUCUUACAUUUCUUUUUUGUUAGCAGAAUUUAUCUAUUGCAUGGGAAGAUGCUCAGUAUAUAUUGUGAACCUAAUAAAGCAGAUUUAAAAGGC